GCUGAUGACUGUUUGCGAUCCGUUUUAGAAUGUACUGAACGCCGCGAAGUGUCUGCCACAGGUUAUGUGCGAAAGGUAAUCGGGAAAUCGAAAAUUCCAGGAUGAAGAACGAUCAAGAAGAGGUGGACUUGUAUCGAGACACGUAUGUAAGAUAUUUAGGUUAUGCAAAUGAAGUUGGAGAAGCAUUUAGAAGUCUGGUGCCUAAGUCUAUUGUAUGGUCCAGUUAUGUGUUAUCGAGUGGAUAUGUUCUCGCUGAUACGAUACACAAGGGUGUAAAAGUUUACCAAGCAGAUGCUACUCCACAGAAAAUUAAAAAUGUCCUAUUAUCCACAUCAGACACUUUGCUAUGGCAGGCAUUCGCGUCGGUGAUAGUUCCUGGUUUUACCAUAAAUCGUAUUUGUGCGACAGUUCAAUUCGCACAAAGAAAAAGUACAAGGGCAGCUUGGAAGAAGCCUUGGAUCUCUACGCUUAUUGGUUUGGUUUCUAUUCCUUUCAUAAUACAUCCUAUAGAUCAUGCUGUGGAGGAAGCAAUGGAUGUCACUUAUAGGAAAUGGACAGGAUACCAUCCAAAAGGGCCUCUAUGCGGAAGCAACGCGUCGACGAAAGAAGUUUAUCGUCAUGAUAUAAGAAGAAUUUAGUCAAGGUUCCGUGAAGUGAAGAAACGGUUUCGCAAGUUAUGCAUGGCGAAAGGUUCUACGCGGCUUCCACGGCGGUUAAUAAUGGCGCGAUGUAGGGUAACACCCGUUUCAUGAAAAUGUAUCAUGCAAAAAAUAAUACCACAUUGUAGCGGCGUCAUAAUUAUACGCAAGCAGCGCCGAUUACGAGAUUAUUAUCUGCCCGUACCACACAAUUUCCCUCGCUAUCGCGGCUAAAUCUGAGGUCCGCGCUCACGAUAAAUGCGAUUGUAAUCGAUAUACAUUUUUUUAACAGCGAUUUGAGCGAGUUCCGCAUUAAGACAUCAAUGGCACCGACUAAGUGUUU